AUGCGGGCUCGGCUGGCACUUCCGCUGCACCGGCCCGCGAUCGAUGGGACCGGAUCCCCGCAAACACGUGUGUCCGUAUCCUUCCUCCCCGGGCUCGUUGCCGGCGCAGCGUAUGGCCGCGUCACGUUCGACGUCGAGUACGAGAACCUUAUUGCGGACCCCGACGCGUCCAGGACCGCCGCGUACCUGCGGCUCCCGUGCUCCAGGGACAGCUCUGCCGCGCUCGGCGCGUUCUACCGUCGGCGGGAGGCGCAGGACGUCCCUGUUGUUGCCAUCACCGUCCGGUUGCCGGAAUCGCUUGGUCUGCAGGUACCGCAGCCCCGGCCGGCCGGCGGUGGAGUGAACGAUGUUGUGCUCGAUGCGCUCGCGGGUGCCGACACGAUUGAUCUGAAGUUCUACGCAUACACCCUGCGCUCGGCGGACGGCUCGGCCGUUUCGAGACCAAAGCCCUUGUAUGCGAAAAUGUCUGCGUUAAGGGGCCACUCAGUCGCUUUGGACACCUUCCUCUCUGGAUUCAGCGGAGACGGCUUUUCCGAAUCAAAACUCGUCGAUCUGGAUGCGCGCGACCUAGAAAUUGACGAAACUUUUGACGAAUACGACUACAUGUCCGACAGCGACCUCGAGAAUGACGAUCGAGUAGGAGUAGAUACUAAAGGGAAAGGCCGAGCGUCUAGUGUCGAUGAAGGCUCCAAAAACGCUCGAAUGGGACGAGUGAUCGUGUUCGAGCUGGAAGACCUCAAGAAACGAGCGAUGGCUGCGAUCCAGUCCCGCCUAUCCGCCGGAAACAUCGUCGCAGAGACAUUCUCGCAUUUCACGUCCCUAUACCCAGAAAUACAGGACCUUCAUGUAGACGCUCUACACCAGAAUCUGCCUCAAGUCCGCGACGAGAUGCGCGAGGCGCUGCGGGACCUCUGCAGCGAACACCGGCCGCACUGUUUCGAGGUGCUGGAGAAGAUUGUGUUCGAGGCAAGCAGAUCAGUGCAAGAGGAGCAUGGACACCGCGACUCUGCCGGAUCGCCCGACCGUUUCAGCCGACGCAGAAUGCACGCGCGAGAUGCCAGUCGCGAGCGCUCCCCGUGGGGGAGGCAUUCCGACGACCAGGGGUUCGCUUAUCCUCGGGAGCUGCUGUUCUGGCCGCUGGCCAUCAUCCUCGUGCAGCUUGUGCUGCUCGGCUUCCUCUUCGGCCUGUUCGCGCACGUGCACAAGCAGGGGCGCGUGUUCCUCCCGUACGGCCCGGCGGCGUUCGUCCUGGAGAACACGCAGGCGGCGACGUGCGUCGUCACGUUCCUGGCGACCGUCUUCGCGAUGAUGUCCGGAUACCUGCUUUCGCGCGCGAUCCGCCUCGCUAUCGUCGUGCACAUGGCCGAGAAGGCCGUGCGCAUUUCCGAGUUCCAGUAUAUGAUCAAGAUGGCCAGCAAGUCGCUCAUCCUGAGCCCCCGGGACUGGAAGUGGGCGGUGUGUGCCGGGGUUUUGUUCCUCGCGACGAUCGAACAGACUGCUAGCUGGAACACCCUGUUCACGCCGAAAUCCAUCGCCUUCCAGGUUCACGUAUCGGGGGCAGAGGUGGAUCUGACGAAUCCGGAGUUGCUGUCACAUGCCGUGGAUCUGUAUGCUGGAAGCAUCCAGGGAUAUCUGAAUGGCACCCUCCGGGCGAUCAUGAACCAGGCAGGGACCAGCAGCGCGCUCGCCGCGAGCGGAUACCAGACAACGCUGAACUAUGCUGGGUCCGCAUUCGCCGCAACGACAGGCGGGAUCCAGCCGAUCAACUUCGUGCUGCACUACAACGGCCAGCCGAUCUGGCCGGCCGCGUCCGCGUUCUACCCGGAGUACUUUGACACGCAGAACACGGAGAACUUCCCGCCGCUGUACACGGACUACAACGUCACGAUGACGCAGCAGGGCCUGACCGCGGCCGUGUCGUGCGCGCAGCGGGCCCUGUCGGCGACGACGGCGCCUGCGAUUACGACUGCGCAGACGCCCGCGCUGAUCACGGCGGGGAACAGGACGUCGAGCUUGACCGAGUACGAGAUCGUCAUUGGAUGUGCUGGGUCCUCGGCAAAUGGAUCCAUCGUCGUCUAUGGAUUCGGAAUCUACGCGCCGAUGGGGCCCAUCGUCUGCGACAUCGCGCCCGCCAUCUACGACGCGCAAGUCGUCCACGGGCCCGGCGCCAUCGCGCACACCUUCGACGCGAACCAGGCUCCGACAGCCAUCGACGCGAACCUGACGCUCGGGCUGCUCGACGGGCUCGCGAUGCUGUUUGGGCUCGGGCAGAGCGAGACCGGGAACGUGAUCGGCGACGCGCUGAUCAGCACGCAGAAUGACCAGGCCGCGGCCUCGAAUCAGACUUAUGUCCAACUCUGGGAGGCUUAUCUUGGCGGAACGAUUGAAUUCCUCGCUACCGCCAUAAAACUGGACGUCGCAUUCCCCGGUACCGGGGGUGCCUUCCUCCACGGCCUGCCCAAGUCCAUGUCCCGCAAAACCAACGGCACCGCCACGGUCGCCACGGUCGGGUACGAGUACACCGCGGGCAGCGCCGCGCUGCUGCUGCCCAGCAUCCUCAUCGCGGUCCUCUCCAUCCUCGUGUCCGCGUACGCGCUGCACAAGGGCCGCCGCGUUUGAUCCGUGUGAUCCGCUGGUGCUGAUGGCGGCGGCGGCGGCGGCGGGCGGUAUGCGCGGCACGUUUGGAGGCUUGAGUGGGAGCCAGGUCGAGGAGGGGAAGAGGCGCCGGAUUGGGCUUGGGCAGAGCAGCGCGGGGAGGGAUGGGCUCAUUGAGGUGGCUGGGUAGUUUGUUAUGUUCUGUCGUACGUGAACCUUGUAUACGCAUUAUUAGAGAACAUCGGAAUUCGAUGACGAUACGGACAAGUGUCUUUAAUAAAAGAUCUGGAGCACAGUUCGAUGCAGGAAAGC